AUGUCUAGGCAGCUACAUGAAGCGUCAAAGAGAACACCGAUGCCAGCUCCAAGAACGCGCCCCCGUCUUCGGCCAUCAUGUCCUGUGCCUGUUGAAGCAAUCUUGAACGCAAAGUCGAUGUAUGACAUGGAACACUUGUCCAAACCACUAAACGUUGAGCAAGAGGAACUGAGAAACUGUACGAAUGUGGAGGAGAUGCGAGAAAUCCUUCUCAAACAUGUCAAAAAAUCGUAUCGCGUAGACAGAGCAGAGGCUCCGCCUAUCGCCGUAGCUCAAUCGCUACUCAAACAAAACAAAGAUACAAAAGCACAAUUCGUAGAGCUAGUCAACAAGACAGAAGACUUCGUUUAUGGAGAUGAUCACGAGUGGUUUGAUAAACUUCGCAUCACUAACGACAAACUUUGGGUGAAGCGAGCGGAUUUUCAAAAAAUUAGAGAAGAAUGUGAGAAGAAACCAAUGCUGCUAGUUGCAGGUAGCAGUUCUGUUGGCAAGAGUACUUUGCUUAAUGCUCUGCUUGGAGAAGAAAUCCUUCCAAUGGAUUACAGUGCAGCUACAAAAGUGCUUUGUGACAUCAACUUUGGCACGAAGAAAGAAGCUGUCAUUCAUAAUGAAAUGACAAUUAAAGAAUGGAUUAAUCUAACGACUUAUGAAGGACGGGAAAGACUUAGAAAAGUUGUAAGUCACAAAAAGGAACACGUCAGCAAUAGAUUAUUCCAAGCAGAUCUCUCUGGCAAAGAAAGCCCAAAGACUUCAAGCAGAGCAACUCAGUGUUCACGCGUUUCAAUUUUCUGGCCCAAUGAGUAUUUGCAGAAUUUUACGUUGGUUGACAGCCCUGGUGUGACAGAAGAUGAUGCAGAAAGCUCCACAACACGAGAAAUUACUGAGAAUUGUCAACGUAGUGCUGCAUGUGGCUUUAUCUACAUGCUGGAUGCUACCCGAGCAGCAGAAGAGACAGCACAGGAUUGUCAGUUUGGCACACUGCAUGAUGAUUUGAUACGAUAUCGGAUCGUAAUUGGAUUGAAGGACAAUCGGUUGUCAGAAAGAUACAAAUCGACCAGGAAUUAA